AUGGCCGAUGCUACUCAGGCCAUGGACGGCCUUGCCAUCUCCAAGACCAAGGAGCUGAAAGGUACCGAAAAGCGAGACUCGUUAAUUGCCAUUGAGAAAAAGUACCAGAAGAAAUGGGCCGAGGACGGCGUCUUCCACACCGAUGCGCCGACCAUUGAGGAGGUUCCCCUCCACUCCGUUUCCGCGAGCGAGCUGCGAGAGAAAUACCCCAAGUUCUUUGGCACGUCGGCCUACCCGUACAUGAACGGCACCAUGCACGCCGGCCACGCCCUGACCGUCUCCAAGGUCGAGUUCUCGGCCGGCGUCGCCCGCAUGCAGGGCAAGCGCGCUCUGUUCCCCAUGGGCUUCCACUGCACCGGCAUGCCCAUCAAGGCGUGCGCCGACAAGCUCGUCAAGGAGAUUGGACUGUUUGGCAAGGACUUUUCCGGCUACAACCCCGACGACGAGGUGGUCGAGGACGAGGCCGCCAAGCCCGCCGCCAAGCAGGUCAAGGAGGACCCGACCAAGUUCAAGGCCACCAAGGGCAAGGCCAACGCCAAGACCAUCAAGGCCAAGUACCAGUUCCAGAUUAUGAAGUCCAUCGGCGUGCCCCUCGACGAGAUUCACAAGUUUGCCGACUCGGGCCACUGGCUCCAGUACUUUCCCCCGCUGACCAUUCGUGAUCUGACGGACUUUGGCUGCCGCAUCGACUGGCGCAGAACAUUCGUCACCACCGACGCCAACCCCUACUACGAUGCCUUUGUCCGCUGGCAGAUGAACCGCCUCCGCGAGCUCAAGAAGAUCAAGUUUGGCAAGCGCUAUACCAUCUACUCCAUCAAGGACCGCCAGCCCUGCAUGGACCACGACCGUGCCGAGGGUGAGGCUGUUAACCCCCAAGAAUAUACCGCCCUGAAGCUCAAGGUCCUUGAGUGGUCUGAAAAGGCUGCCGAAAAGGUCAAGGCUGGCCUUCCCGCCAACGCCAACGUCUUCCUUGUGCCCGCCACCCUGCGACCCGAGACCAUGUACGGCCAGACGUGCUGCUUCGUUGGUCCUAAGCUCCAGUAUGGCAUCUUCAAAGUCAACGACACCGACUACUUCUUGAUGACCGAGCGUGCCGCCCGCAACAUGGCUUACCAGGGUGUCUUUGCCCAGGAGGGUGUCAUCGAGAAGGCGAUGGACAUUGUUGGAACUGAAGUUGUCGGUACUCUUGUUGAUGCUCCCCUCUCUCUUCACAAGGAUGGUGUCCGCGUCCUGCCCAUGGACACUGUUCUCCCCACCAAGGGUACCGGUGUUGUCACCUCGGUCCCGUCUGACAGCCCCGACGACUUUGCCACUGUCACCGAUCUUGCCAAGAAGGCCGACUACUACGGCAUCAAGAAGGAAUGGGCUGAGCUCGAAAUCUUCCCCAUCAUUGAGACCCCCAGCUAUGGCGAUCUAUGCGCCCCCUUCCUCGUUAAGAAACUCAAGAUUGCUUCCCCCAAGGACACGAAGCAGCUCGAGGAGGCCAAGGAGCUUUCGUACAAAGAGGGUUUCUACCAGGGAAUUAUGAAGGUUGGCGCUUACAAGGGCGAAAAGGUUGAAGUUGCCAAGCCCAAGGUUCGCGCCGACAUGAUUGCUGCCGGCCAGGCCUUUGCCUACUCCGAGCCUGAGCGCAAGGUUGUCUCCCGAUCUGGCGAUGACUGCAUUGUUUCCCUCAUGGACCAGUGGUACCUCGAUUACGGUGAGGAGGAGUGGAAGAAGACUGCUCUUGAAUGGGUCGAUAAUGGUCUGGACACCUUCUCGGCUGAUACCAAGAACGCCCUUGAGGGUGUCCUGAACUGGCUCAACCAGUGGGCUUGCGCUCGUUCGUUCGGUCUCGGCACGAAGCUCCCCUGGGACCCUCAAUUCAUUGUCGAGAGUCUGAGUGACUCGACCAUUUACAUGUCGUACUACACUGUCGCCCACUUCUUACACAGCGAUCUGUUUGGUACCAAGCCUGGCAAGUUCAGCAUCUCUGCCGACCAGAUGACGGACAAUGUCUGGGACUACAUCUUCUGUCGCCGUGAUUUUGACGAGUCGGUUCUCAAGGAGUCCAACAUCUCGCGCGAGAACCUCGAGAGCAUGCGUCGUGAGUUUGAGUACUUUUACCCCGUCGACAUGCGCGUCUCCGGCAAGGAUCUUCUGCCCAACCACUUGACCUUUUUCCUCUACAUCCACCUGGCCAUGUUCCCCCAGGAGUACUGGCCGCGUGGUAUCCGUGUCAACGGUCAUUUGACUCUGAACGGUGAGAAGAUGUCUAAGAGUACCGGCAACUUCCUUACCCUUCAGGAGCUGGUUGCCAAGUUUGGUAGUGACGCUUCGCGUAUUGCCAUGGCUGAUGCUGGUGAUGGUAUUGGUGACUGCAACUUGGAGGAGGAUGUUGCGGACAACAACAUUUUGCGUCUGUACAACCUCCGCGAGUGGUGCGAGGAGAUGAGCAGCCCCGAGGCCGGCCUCCGUGAGGGUGCCGUCAACGACUUCCAGGAUGCCCUCUUCAUCAACGACAUGAACGCUCUUGCGCGCGAGUCGAUUGAGCAGUACAAGGAGACCAACUUCAAGCUCGCUCUCAAGGCUGGUCUGUACGAGCUGAUUACGGCCAGAGAUUUCUACCGCGAGGCUUGUGCGGCCGCCAAUAUCAAGAUGCACAAGGAGACGGUGUUGCGCUAUAUCGAGUUGCAGGCCCUUCUUCUCGCCGUUGUGGCGCCUCACUGGGCCGAGUACAUCUGGCUCGAGGUGCUCAAGAAGGACAAGUCGAUCCAGCACAUGACAUUCCCCGAGAUGGGCGAGGUUGACGCUGCGCUGUCUGCCAAGCGCGAUUAUGUGCGCAACACGGCGUCCAACAUCAACUCGGCCGAGGGCCAGCAGCUGAAGAAGAAGGCCAAGGGCAAGGAGACGGCGUUUGACCCCAAGAAGCCCAAGAAGCUGACGAUUUACCUGUCUGAGACGUUCCCCGCUUGGCAGGCCAAGUACCUGGAGCUGCUCAAGGAGAUGUGGGACCCGGCGACCAAGUCGACCAACGACAAGGAGCUGAACGGCAAGAUUGGCAAGAUGGGCGAGAUGAAGAAGGCGAUGCCGUUUGUGCAGGCCCUGAAGCGCCGCCUCGCGACGGGCGAGCCGGCGUCGGUGGUGCUGGAGCAGAAGCUGGCGUUUGACGAGAAGCAGACGCUCCUCCAGAUGGUGCCGAGCUUGAAGCGCGGUGCGGUGCUGGCGGAUCUUGAGCUCCUGGCGGUUGAGGAGGGCGGCAAGAAGGGCACGAGUCUCCUGGACGGCAAGACGGUGGAGAUUAACAAUGUGCUCGCCGAGAAUGCGGUGCCAGGCAGCCCUACGUUUGUGUUUGAGAAUAUCGAGGCUUAG